AUCGACCGCUACGUGAAAUACUUGGCGCGCUUGUGAGCGGCUUCGUUUGGGACGAAUCGCACCUCUCUCUUUGAGACUGCGUGUCGUAAUUGUGUAAGUGUAGGUGGGUCUAGUUUUUUUAAGGAGCCUAGAGGGGCUGUGCUUCGGUGCCACUUAUCAUUAGAUAUGGCUACCGUUAUGGAGUACACCGAAGCGUCAUCUUCAACUUAAUUUUUUGGUGAAAUUCAAAAGUCAUUUUGCAGUUCGGACCCCGCGGCAAGAGGCCCGAUACUCCGAGGAGGCUAAUGUUUGUUUUGACUUGUCUUGGGAGGCGGCUGUUCCUGCGUGGCAGAGCUGACUGGCCGCUUGGUCCCGCAGCUUGUCGCAGCUGAAGAAAAUAGAACCAGUUGCCAAGCUAGCGGUCCAGCCUUAUCGCUGGCACCGCACGUAAACUUCCUGUGAAGAAGUGACGACCGCUGCAGGCGCUUGGAUCCUGUUUUUAAUGGUGAAAUUGCUGGCUGUUGACUUGGGUGGCUAACACCAAGUAGCUGCACAACGCGAACUCGACAGCUGUCAUUGGAGAAAGGAAAGUGAUCCCUGUGCAAAUGUGUGUGCCAGCCAAGCGCUUCUCUGUUGGAUCGACAUCCGCCCUCUCGACGUCAAAUGGGCGAAAUUGGGAAUAACCUUGCUGCGUUGGAUUAUGUGCGUUAUGCAUUUUUGAGAACUGCGGUGUUGCUUGGUUGGAGAGAGGCGAGCUAGCUCAGUUAGCCUGCGAGCUAACUGCUUGAUUUCAAGUGAGACGUUUCAUCCCCAGUGUUUUGGAUAUGAAGAGGAUAAUUCGCUAUUCGUAGGGCUGGAAGAAUGUCAUCAGAGGAUAAGACUGUGGAACCCUCUGACCAGGGACCCUCGCCUCCAUCCAGUUGUGCAGGGGCCAGUUCCACAGGUAGUCCUGCCCACACUGACCGGCGACCACGUGGCAGGCCACGCAAGGAUGCUGCCACUCCUGCCGUCGCACCCCAGCCACAACCCUCCGCCACGUCCAAGAACAGAAAAAAGGGUCGCACCAGAGGGAGGGCUGUUGUGGAUGACGAGGACAGCAUGGAUGGGACGGAGAUGACGGAGUCUUCAGGCCCUCAGGACACAGAUAUCCAACCAAUGGAGACUGAGGAGGUAGUGUCCACCGAUGUGGUGGAGGAAGAAGAACAGUGUCCUCCUCUGGACUCCAGUCCUUCAAUGGAGUCUACAGCAGGAGCACAUGCCCCAGCAAGUAGAGGAGUCAAAAGCAGUGAGCAUCUAUGUGCCUUCUGUUACUGUGGUGACCACAGCCUGCUGGGUCAGGGGAAACUACAAGUAUUCAGCACCACACCUCAACCCGAAGCAGGCUCCUGCGGCAAUGAUGGAGGAGAAGGCUCGACCAGCAAUAGCAGCGACGGUUCGAAAACCUCUCCGCCAAAUUUGGCUGCAGAGACUUCUUCAGCGCUGAGGGAGAAGACACAUAGAUCCGAGAGCAGCGAGGCAGACCCUGACCCAUCAAGUCGAUUUUGGGAUGAGCUUUCUCAUGUUGGCCUUCCACCAGAUCAUAAUGUCCGGUCUCUCUUUCAGUCAGGGCAGUGCUGGGCACAUCAGAGUUGUGCCUCGUGGUCUGAAGGUGUCUGUGCGGGCGAGGGACAAUCUCUGCUUAAUGUGGACAGAGCCAUUGACUCAGGGAGCACAAAGCACUGUGCAUACUGUAAGCGCCUUGGAGCAUCCAUUAAGUGCUGUGCUGAAGGAUGUGCUCAACUCUACCAUUACCCAUGUGCGGGGGCAGCUGGGACCUUUCAGGAUAUCAGGAGCCUCUCUCUCCUCUGCCCGGAACACAUUGAAUUGGCCAUUCACAAAUUUGAAGGCGAGGUAAAUUGUGCCCUGUGUGAUAGUCCAGGGGAUCUGCUGGACCAGUUGUUCUGCACCAGUUGUGGGCAACAUUAUCAUGGGGUUUGUCUGGAUAUGGCUGUGACCCCUUUAAGGAGGGCAGGAUGGCAGUGCCCGGAGUGCAAAGUAUGCCAGACGUGCAAGAACCCAGGAGAGGACACGAAAAUGCUCGUGUGCGACAUGUGCGACAAGGGCUAUCAUACCUUUUGUCUGCAACCUGCCAUGGAUUCCCUCCCAACCAAUGGUUGGAGAUGUAAGAACUGCAGAGUAUGUAUCCAGUGUGGGACACGAGCUAGUGCACAGUGGCAUCUCACAAGCUUGCUUUGUGAGAACUGUGUGCAAAACCAAGACCCUGCUCUGAGCUGUCCUCUGUGUACGAGCAUCAUUGACCCGGAGCAUCACAAAGACCUUCUGCAUUGCCACGGUUGCAAGAGAUGGCUUCACCUGGAGUGUGAGCGUCAGAACUCAGGCAAAGCAGAAAUCCAUCCAAGAGAGGACUUUGUAUGCUCAAACUGCCGGCCUCCUGCUGAGGAGCAGACAUUACCGCUUGAGGAUACAGACACUGGCCUGGAGCUCAGCUCUCCUCCAGCCUCCACGCACACAGACUCAGAGACCGACCCACAGCUGGCUCCAAAGCACAUGGACCUAGAACCUGGCGCUCAGCUGCCCACUGAAAUGCACAAUGACUCAAAACCCGAAACACUUGCUGUCCCUUUGCACUCGGAUUCAGAAGCUGUUGAAGACACCGUCCAGAAAGAGGAGCUGGCUUCGACAGUCCUAAAGCCUGAAACUAAACCAGCAGCGAGAGCCCAGGUCACAUCGUCUUUGGAUUCUUCAGCGACUCCUUGCCAAGAGACAGAUUGUUUUCCAGCUGAGCCCGUUUUGAAGACGCCACACGUACAGGAAUUAACUUUGCAAAUCAAGCCCGCAAAGAUCGAGGUCUGCCCCGAGCAGAGCACCGUCAACUCUAGCACAAAGGAUUUCAAGGCCAUCAUCAUCUCAACCACCAAAGAACCAAGUACUGCACCAGUACCAGUCACGGACCAACCAAUGGAAGUCUCGCUCGCUCGGCCUCUGGGUAUGGAUGUAGUCGAGCCUUCCAUCUUGGAAACUGUCACAAGAGACCUUAGUAAAGAGCCAGUCGAAGACAAUUCUAUUGGACACAGCAACUUUGAGACAACAGAGAAGAUGGAUACUACACCUGUCAGCAAGCCAAGUUUCUCAUUUCCUGGCCUGUCUUUAGAAGCAAAACCAUUCAAGACUACGAUGGAGCGAUUAGCCGAACUUGUUACUUGCCCUUCGCGGUCUGCUCCUGUGGUUCGAGGAUUGCCUCCCAGAGACUCCCCUCAGUCCCACAUCAUGUCCACUUACAGCGAACACAGCAGUGUAAUGCCCACCACUACGCUUAUACCACUCACUCCUAAGAUCGGAAUGGGAAAGCCAGCCAUCACCAAGAGGAAAUUCUCACCUGGAAGACCGAGAGUGAAACAGGGUGCAUGGAGCCCCCAUAGCAGUGUGAGCUCCCCAUUGUCCUGGUCUCCGGACCAGCUUGAUGGGUGGGACAUCUCAAAGACCAGGCAAUCCGCUGGCAGCCCCAGCUGGAGCAUCAGAGUGGGUCGAGGCUCCGGCUUUCCUGGGAGAAGGAGGCCCAGAGGGGCUGGUCUUUCAGGUAGAGCUGGACGUGGCAGAGCCAGGGGCAAAAACGGAGCAGGUCCCAGCAUUAAUCCUGGGAUCGCAUCCCUUGAGAUACCAUAUCCAGUCAAGGAAGAGGAGGAGACUGCUAUGCACAACACGGUUGUCAUUUUCUCCAGCAAUGACAGUUUCACUCUAAAACAGGAUAUGUGUGUGGUGUGUGGGAGUUUUGGCCUCGGGGCAGAAGGUCGCCUCUUGGCGUGUGCUCAGUGCGGACAGUGCUACCACCCGUUCUGUGUCGGCAUUAAGAUCACGAAGGUGGUCCUGAGCAAAGGCUGGAGAUGCCUGGAGUGUACGGUGUGUGAGGCCUGCGGACAGGCAACGGACCCUGGUCGCUUACUACUGUGUGACGACUGUGACAUCAGCUACCACACCUACUGCCUGGACCCUCCUCUGCAGAAUGUUCCCAAAGAUAGCUGGAAGUGUCGAUGGUGUGUGUCCUGCACCCAGUGUGGCGCUACGACUCCGGGGCUCAGGUGUGACUGGCAGAAUAAUUACACCCAGUGUGCGCCCUGCGCCAGCCUUUCAACAUGCCCCGUCUGCUUGGUGGACUACAAUGAAGGCACCGUCAUUGUGCAGUGUCGACAGUGUGACAGAUGGUUCCACGCCUCCUGUCAAGGUCUACACACUGAAGAAGAUGUAGAGAAGGCGACAGACAACUGUUUUGAUUGCACAAUGUGCCGCAACUUCAAGACCACAAAAGUCUUCACGAAACCUAGGGAGUUAAUUGAACCAGUAAUUAUGACUCAGAUUGUCUCGAAGGCCAGAGAAAUGGAUCUGUCAAGGACCUACACCCAGGAUGGUGUUUGUUUGACAGAGUCAGGCCUUUGUCAGCUUCAGAGUCUUUCCGCCACAGCGUCACGGCGGAGGAAACCAAAGCCAAAACUGAAGUUAAAGAUCAUAAACCAGAACAGUGUGGCAGUACUUCAGGCCCCAGUCGACCCCCUCCUGGAGCUGUCUCGAGAUGAAGACAUGGAGGACAACAGAGCAGAGGCGGAGCUCCUAGAUUGUGAGGGCAAGUCUGACUCAAGCCCUGAGAGAGAGCCAGCAGAAGACGACUCUAAAGGGGGCGACGGCAGCAAGAAGAGGAAGAGGAAACCGUACCGGCCGGGCAUCGGUGGAUUCAUGGUGCGCCAGAGGAGCCGUCCGGGUCAAGGCCCCGGCAAAGCCAAGCGUUCGCUGUGUAGAAAGGAUUCCACUGGGUCUGUGACAGAAAAUCACGUUGGAAAAGAAGAGGGUUGGUCAGAGACAUUGCCGGAUACGCCUGUGGAUGAGUUGCCGCCGGGACCAGAGGUUCCUGAGAAAAUAAAGAAACGCUACAGAAAGAAGAAAACCAAGCUGGAGGAGGCAUUCCCCACCUACCUGCAGGAGGCAUUCUUUGGAAAGGACCUAUUGGACAAAAGCAAGCAGACCAGGCAUCAAGGUGGAGAUUCGGGUUUACUAGAGGAAGGGCAUAGCCAAAUGGAGAGGAAGCCCAAUGCCUCCAAGUUCCUUCAACCUUCAUCAGGCCCUCAACUGGGCUCUUCAUCAGCGCCCCUCGCAGCCAGACCAGUAACAGCACAGCCAUCAGAGGAACCAUUAGUUGACCUAGCUGAUGUACUGAACAAUGAUGCAGACAUCUUGGGAAUGCUCGGAAAGCCAUGCAGUGACUCUGGUCUUGAUUUUUGCUCCUUCCAGGUUGACAGCUCACCUCCUCCUUUUGCUGGCCUGGACAUAGGGCCCCUUGCAGACAGUACUCCAAUGGCGUCACAUUCUCAGGGAGGACAGAGGACACCGAGAACCCUCCCUGAGGAACCUCUGGAUGGCAUUCUGAGCCCAGAGUUGGACAAAAUGGUUACUGAUGAGUCAAUUCUCAGUAAACUUUACAAGAUUCCAGAACUGGAGGGGAAGGAUGUUGAAGAUCUCUUCACCGCUGUACUCAGCCCCAGCACAAGCCAUCCACCUCCUCCACCACAGGUGCCUCACCAGGGUCCUGGGCCACUCCCUGCCGCUGCCGGCCCUAGUAUCCCACACCCCAACGCAGGGAAUCCCAUGUUUCCAAGAAUGCCAAUGAUUAAUGGGAUGAUGGGUCCAAACCAUCGGUUUCCCUCAAAUCCAGGUGCUGGACCUUGCCUCCAAGACAAUUUCUCCCCUCUCAACCGUAUGCCUUUUUCUGACAAUCCAAGAAAGUUUAAUCAAAUGCCUCGGGAAGCAGUUGGUCCAUGGCCCUCGCCUGUCCAUGGUCCUGGGCCCGCACCCCCUGGAUCCAUGCCAGAGGGAGAAACUGAAGCCAUGUCAAAUGCCCAAAGGAGUACACUAAAGUGGGAAAAGGAGGAGACGCUCGGGGAGCUUGCCACUGUAGCGCCAGUGCUGUACACAAAUGUCAAUUUCCCAAACCUCAAAGAAGAAUACCCAGAUUGGUCUACCAGAGUAAAGCAAAUAGCAAAACUUUGGCGGAAAGCAAGUUCCCAAGACAGGGCCCCAUAUGUGCAAAAGGCAAGAGAUAACCGAGCAGCCCUGCGCAUCAACAAAGUCCAGAUGUCAAAUGAGACUGUGAAGAGGCACCAUCCACAGCAACAGCUUCCUGAGGUGUUUGAUCCCAACAUACCACUAGACACAGAACUGCUGUUUAAAGACCCUUUGAAACCAAAAGAGUCAGAGCAUGAACAAGAGUGGAAGUUUAGACAGCAAAUGAGGCAGAAAAGCAAACAGCAAGCCAAAAUCGAAGCCACACAGAAACUGGAGCAAGUUAAAAACGAGCAACUUCAGCAGCAACAGCAGCAGCAGCAUGGCAACGGUCAGGGAGACGGGGACGGCAGCAACAGCGGGACCCAGAGCCCAAACUCCCAGCAGAGCAAUGGCAGCAAUUCUCCAAUGCAGCAGCUCAAUUCUAAAGAAGGCUUCGCUCGGCCGCAGCUACCUGGGACGCCCACGCUGGGCCCUCCAGAGGAUGUCUUUCUGAGGCCGCCUCCUCCACCUCCUUCGGGGCCGUCCUCUCAGCCCCAGUCCCCGCAAGUUUUUUCACCCGGUUCAUCUGGCUCCAGACCGUCCUCUCCUUGGGACCCUUACGCAAAGAUGGUUGGGACGCCAAGACCUCCAACCCUCGGACCAAAUGCUUGUCGUAGAAUGUCAGUAGACGCUGGCAAAUCUCCUACACCCUUAAUGGAACAGCAAGACCGAGGAAGGCCAUCCCCUGCACAUGAAACUUUUGGCUCGCCAACAUCAAUGAGCAGUGAUCCAUAUGCAAAACCUCCCGACACCCCCAGGCCAUCAGGGGAAAAUGACCCUUUUCUAAAGCCCAUGGGUCCACCAAGAAGCAAUCAGGCGUCUCAGGGGAGACCUCCAAUGGGUUCUCCCGGCAGAGAUCCAUAUUCCAGGCCGAUGAUAAGAAAUGAGGCCUAUCAGAGAAUGGCUCAAAACAGGAUGAUCCUCUCAGACCCAUAUUCAAGGCCUUUACUGACACCAAUUCCUGGAAGUAAUGAGUCUGGUUCAGUAUCUUUGUUCAAAACACCAAUGCCCCCUCAGGAUCCCUUAAACCGAUCUGGACAGCAUGCCACAGAUAGGUAUUCCCAGAACCAGCAAAAUGACCCAUACUUUCAGCCCCCACAUACACCGCGGCCCCAAGGAAACGAGAACUUCACUAGUCCUCCUAGAAUGGGCCAGCAUCACCCGCAGUUCAACCAGGGUGGCCAGAUGUCUAGAAACCCGUAUGCCCAUGCUCCUUCCACUCCAAGGCCAGACCACUUCACAUACGACCCAUUUGCACAGCCGUCUGGCAGUAACAAGCCUGGCUCCGAUCCGUUCUCGCAGCCUGUCGCAAACCCUCGAUCCAUGAAUAUGAAUGAGCCUGGGAGUCAACCUCGUCCAUUUUUUGACACCUAUGCCAGACCUCCUGGAACCCCACGCCCACAUGACAACUAUGGCCAAUCGUCGAACACCCCCAGUCCAUCUUCUGAUCCUUAUUCACAAGCUCCUGCUACUCCUCGACCGGGUGGACUGAACCAGUUUGCUCAUCAGAGGAUGUCGCCGUCCCACUCAGUAGACCCUUACGCUCAGCCACCGGGGACUCCACGCCCCUCAAUGGCCGAAAGGUUUUCCAAGUCCCCAGGUAGCCAACGCGUCCAAGUUGAGCCCUUUGCUUCGACGCCUGGACCACCGAGAUCGUUAAUGAAUGACCCCUAUGCUCAGCCUCCUGGUACUCCAAGGCCUUUUCCUGAAGGACAUAACAGACAAGGAUUAAGACCAGGACCUAUUGGACCUCAGGAUCCUUUUUCUUCCCCUCAGGCAAGGCUUCAAGAGCCCUAUGCUCACCCCGGCUCACAAACACCGAAACACCCAAGUGUGACAGAAGAUGGAUUUACUUGCUCACCAUCAAGAAGACCGAGUCAGACUCCGAGCCAUGACCCAUUUGAACAAGGCCCAAUCCCCCCUCAGGCUGAAAAGAUGGAACUAAAAGACCAGAUGAACAUGGGAAACAACAGCAAUGUCCCUCAAGAUGCAAACAACUCGCUUCUACCUGUAACCGCAGAACCUCAGGGUGGCUCUGUCACUGACACCGAGGAGAAACUCAGACAGCGGCAACGAAUCAGAGAACUAAUCUUGAAGCAGCAGCAACAGAGGAGUGCUAUCCGACAGGAGAGGUGCCCACCGGAGCUUGCUGGCAACAUUGCUCCUGGAACACCAAGACCAUGGCCACAGGACGACCCUGCCCAGCAGGGAGAAGCCUUUAACAGACCACCUCCUCCUUAUCCUGGACAAGGGCCUGUCAGAGGGCCGAUGAGGUUUCCAGGACCUUUUCCUGGUGAUCACUGUGGUCCUUUCCCCAACGAAGGACAGAUGCCCAGAGGUCCACAAUCUGGAGAUCUGAAUAUGAGACACCAAGGACAGAGGUUUUCGUUUCCGCCUGGAGUUAUGGGACAACAUCCAGGGCAAGAACUCUUUCCUCGGGGGCCGCAUCCUAUGCAGGAUGUGCCGCCUCAAAUGAGGCGCUCCAUGUCUGCAGAGAUGGUCAAGUCGAUGGCAGGCAACCCGGUAGGCCUGCCACAGCACUUCCCGCCACGGGGUCUCCCAGUGCAGCAGCACAACAUCAUGGGGCAGCCUUUUAUUGAGCUGCGUCACAGAGCAGCUGAAAACAGGCCGCGGAUGACAGUUCCAGCUAAUGCAAUGCAAGGAUGUGGCAUGGACCCCAACAUGCAAGGUCAAAGGCUGCCAGGUUUUCUUGGAGCAUCAGAUGCCAGAUUUCCAUUAAAUCAAGGUAAUAGAAUGCCAGACCCCAUGGGCGCUCAAAGCAGCCAACCACAUCUGUCUGCCAGCAUGGACAAUCUCCAUCAGCAAUCACAGAUGUCAGGCAGUGGACAAGUCAAGGCUCUGCUGAUCCGGUCCAUGAGCCAGCCUGCCUCAAACGAAUCUCAAGACAUGGUGGCUUCAAUGAUGCUGACGGCACCCCCUAGUGGCCACUCUGAGUCCAUCUCAGAACCCACUGGUGAGACUGUGGAAGAGAAACUGGAUGCUGAAGAGUCCGCUGUGAAGGAUUUAGAAGACGUAGAAGUGAAAGAUCUGGAAGAUGCUGACUUGGAAAAUCUGAAUUUAGACCCUGAUGAUGGAAAAGACCUUGACCUGGAGACCAAUGACUUGCACCUUGAUGACUUCUUAACAUCAGGAAAAUUUGACAUCAUUGCUUACACAGACCCCGAUCUCGAUGACCUGAAAAAAGACAUGUUCAACGACGAGCUCGAUCUCAGCGAUCCGAUCGAUGACAGUGCCGAAACCGGAGACAUCAGCAAAAACCUAGACGCCAGUGAGACAGAGGGCUCGUCCAGUUCAAUGUCAACAGCUGUUAAGACCGACACGCCCGGGGAGGAGAGUCCAGCUGUAAUAAAACAGGAAGCUCCUGGAAGCCAGGAGGCUCAGUCCAACAUCCAGGACCCGGAAGGUGCAGAGGUGAAAGACUCAGAGAAAACAUCUGAAGUUACUGAGCAUCAGGCUGAAGGAGACACCUCAGACCAGCAGGCUCUGCUCACCGAAACCACGCCUGUCCUAUCUAGUUUACUCAUUGAGCCCCAACCUGAGGAACAGUCAUUAAAUCAGAUUGCUGAAACUGUCAAUCAAGGUGGUAACCUCGUGGCCCAGCAGAACCAAGACACACAGCAAACACCGGGGCUUGCAAUGAAUCAAACUUUAGCAACUGCCACGGCUGCUGAAGGAGAUACUCUCUCUGGUUUUGGUGCAGAAGCCCGGGCUGAACUGGCCCCUGCAGUGGACCAGAGCAGUAUGAGCCAGGCUCAGCAGGCUCUGACAAAUCAGGUUAUAGGUCAACACGCUCAGCAACAGCGUCCUCUUCUACUGGAGGAGCAGCCACUUUUACUGCAAGACCUGUUGGAUCAGGAAAGGCAGGAGCAGCAACAGCAAAGACAGAUGCAAGCGAUGAUUCGACAGCGCUCCACUGACUCGUUCUUCCCCAAUAUUGAUUUCGACGCCAUCACUGAUCCAAUUAUGAAAGCCAAGAUGGUUGCUUUGAAGGGCAUCAACAAGGUCAUGGUUCAGAACAACAUGGGAAUGAACCCAAUGGUGAUGAACAGAUUUCCCGUGCCUGUGCCUCCCAUUCCUGAAAGCACUCCACUUCCUCCACAAGUUGUUGGACAUGAUGGAAAAUUAACACAAGUUACGAGACCGACUCCUCCAAACUUUGGACCUGGGUUUGUCAACAAUGCGCAAAGAGCUCAGUAUGAAGAGUGGCUUCAAGAGACUCAGCAACUACUUCAAAUGCAACAGAAGUUCCUGGAAGAAAAGAUCGGCGCGCACAGGAAGUCUAAAAAAGCUCUGUCUGCCAAGCAAAGAACAGCAAAGAAGGCAGGGAGAGAGUUCCCGGAGGAGGAUGCUGAGCAGCUCAAACAUGUCACUGAGCAGCAGGGUGUAGUGCAGAAACAACUGGAGCAGAUCCGCAAGCAGCAGAAGGAGCACGCUGAGCUUAUCGAGGAGUACAGAGUCAAACAGCAGCAAAACAACCUGACACCCAUCAUGCCCGGGAUGCACCCAGUGCCUGGUCCUGCUGCGAUAGUCCCAGGUGGACCCCCCAUGGUCCAGCCUCAGAUGAACCCUAUGAUGCAGAUGCCUCUUCAUCCUGGUCAGCCAAACCCCCCACCACGUGGGCCCAAUAUGCCACCUGGCUGGCACCACGGCGCCCCAAUGCAGAUGCUCGGACAGGGAAUGCCGGGAAUAAUUCCUCCUCAGGUGCCGGUUGGAAAUCCUGUGCCACCUCAUCCUCUGCCCAUGGGCAACAUGCCCCAGCACCCCCAAAUACCAGUGGAGGCCCAAGUUCCUGCAGUACCACCAGGGGGAGCAAAACCAAUGUCGGCAGGUGGUGUUAAGUUUGAUGACAACAACCCCUUCAGCGAGGGCUUCCAGGAGCGAGAGCGGAGAGAGAGACUCCGGGAGCAGCAGGAGAGACAGCGAGUGCAGCUUAUGCAGGAAGUACAACGCCAGAGAGCUCUGAAGCAGCGCAUGGAGAUGGAACAGCAGGGCAUGAUGGAGGCAGACGGGAACAUGCCGGCGCUCAACCAGAUGCCGUAUUUUAACUCUGAGCUGCCACAGGACUUCAUGCAGCCGCAGAGGCCGCCAAUGCAGCAACAGCAACAACUGGGUCCCGUUUUUCCUCAGCAGCAAGGCAUGGUCUCGUCCGCGGGGACGUUCAUGCAGGCUGAUCGGAGAGCCAUGAUGGGGAAUGGAAUGAUUCCCCCGGACAUGGGGUCUGGUAUGGGUCCUGAUAAUCUCAGGCUGCAGGCGCCAAACUUUCCUCAGAGUCAUCCCAGGCCGCGGCAGUUCAGCGGACCAAACAUGAUCGGUCAAAUGCCAGGGGAAGGUCCGCCAUUCGGAAAUGACUCCGCAACGCCACUUCCAUCAAAUUUCCCCGGCUCCGGGCAGUCUUUGAUCCAGCUUUAUUCCAACAUCAUCCCGGAUGAGAAAGGGAAGAAGAAGAGGAACCGUAAAAAGAAGAAGGAUGACGACGCUGAUUCGAUCAAGACUCCUUCCACUCCACAUUCAGACCUGACAGCUCCACUCACGCCAUGUGUUUCGGACACCUCCUCCACUCCAACCAGGAAUGCGCAUCUCUUCGGCGACCAGGACUUGUCUAGGUCUCCGUUAAUGGGAGGAUCAACACCAAGCCACUCUGAACUAGAAAGGCAACUAUCCAGCAGUCAGCAAUCUGGGCAGUCAUCUCUGGCAUCAGAUGCUGCGAAGGUCCAGGCUCAAGAGCAUGAGAGAAUCCUGAACAACAUAAAACUGGAGCAAACAGAUGCCAGUGAAUGUCACGGACCAGGAGAAGAGAGCAUUAGCUCCGGGAUGAGCACAGUAAAGGAAGAAGCCGGUAAAGGAAGUGUGUCACCCUUCCCUAUGGGAAGUCCUAAUAAGGGUGAAGCCAGCAAUGAGCUGCUGAAACAUCUUCUGAAGAACAAGAGCACACCUCCACCCGGGUUCUCUCAGCAGAGGUCAGAGGAAGGUCUGCGCUCCGAGGAGGAGGAUAUGACGGACUGCAAGUCUUUACUCAGGCAGAGUUCUGUGGACAGCAACGGGGCAUACUCGGAUGGCAACAUGGACUUUCCCGGCCCGCUGAUCUCUGAGCAGGAUAAGAAAAAGGCGAGAAACAAAAGAGUUCCAAAAGGUGACAAACCUCCAUCGCGUUACAAGAAAAGGAAGAAGGAGGGAGAUGAGAAGCAGCUGAUGCACUCUGGGUCGGACAGUGUCAUGACCCAGAUCAAACAGCAGCUCUCGUUGUUGCCCCUCAUGGAACCACUGAUUGGAAUCAACUUUGCGCACUUCGCCCCGUAUGGCAGCGGACAGCUGAAUGGAGAAAACCUCCUGUCGGGUACUUUCGGCAGCGCCUCGCUUGACGGAGUCUCUGACUACUACUCCCACCUGGCCUACAAGCAGAGCAAUUUGAGUAAUCCUCCGACACCUCCGGCAUCUCUGCCUCCAACCCCACCACCGGUGAACAGGCAGAAGAUGAUCAACGGGUUUGCAACAACAGAGGAGCUGGCUAGUAAAGCUGCAGCCAUGGUUUCCAAAGGUCUUGUCCCGAAGUCGCUCCACGUUCCGUUUCGAGCUGAGGAGGAUUUGCUAGCCAGGGCUAUCGCUCAGGGUCCCAAAACUGUGGAUGUUCCAGCCUCCCUUCCCACGCCACCUCACAACAACCAGGAGGAGCUGAGUAACAGGGGGCAGGAAGUGUGCAAGGAGAGAGAUACACCUGACAGCUUCGUCCCAUCGUCGUCGCCCGAGAGCGUGGCCGGAAUGGAAAUAAGCCGCUACCCUGACUUGUCUCUGGUGAAGGAGGAGCCGCCGUCCCCCUGCAUGUCCCCUGUACUCCCCAUGUUACCAGCACCUAGCGGAAAAGCAUCUGAAAUCAAACUGCAAGACAUCAAGACAGAGCCCUCGGCGAUGUUCUUUGGCUCGCCGCUCAGCCAGAUGUCGACCGAUUCCAAGCAGGGGUUGGUUUCUGUGGCCAUCACUCUGAGACCUGCUGCUGCAGAGAACAUUACGGGGGUCGUGGCCGCCAUUUCAGACCUGCUGUGCGUGAAGAUCCCCAGCAGCUACGAGGUCAGCAGCACACCAGACAGGAUGCCCCUCUCGAUGAUCGGUGGCCAGAGGUUGGGCCCUCAUCUGAUGGAUCCUCGUCCUCCAAUGCUGUUCCAUGGGCAGGGAGAGAACGGAGGUUUUCAUGGACGGCCAGGGCUGAUGAUUCGUUCAAGCGGGCCUCAUGGGAUGAUGCAACAACAGGGACACCAUAUGCGCUACCAUCCCAACAGUCCAGGCUCUGCUACGGCUCGAGGCCUCGACCAGAAGACCCCCGGCAGUCCUGGGUGUAAACCACAGUGGUGUUGCAACUGCAAAGUGGUGGUGCUCGGAAAUGGCGUGCAGAAGUCCAUCAAAGAUCUCCCUGCACACAUGGAGGAUUCUGAAAGGCGUUUGAAAGACCUGGUCUUCUGCAGUCAGAGUUGCUUUCUUCUCUACUGUUCAUCGUCGCCUAUGCAAUCAAGGUCCUCCACAGAGUCAAAGGACUCCACAAACCUUCUCCAGAGCACCGAGCAAGCAGAGAGCUUCUCUAAAGCGCAGCACCAGUACAAUAACAACAUGUCCUCCAUGGAUGUUCAUUGUUUGGCCCAGCUUCAGCCGAAGCACUCUCCCCCCUCCACGUCCCCCAUCCCCUUCCCCGCAGCAGGCGACACCCCCAGGAUGGACUUGAAGUCUGAUGCCAUUAAGGUGACCGUGAAGCUAAAAGCUCGGCCUCGGUCUCACGACGGCUGGCACCAGGGGAAGAGACAAAAGGGGCUGCGUUGGAGAAAGUGGACAGUCCAGGUGGUGAUGCCCAGGAGCAACUCCCAACUUCCAGAUGAGGACAAGGUUGACGACCUCCUGAAGAAACUGGGAGCUUCCUUAAGGCCUCCGUCUUCCCUCCGGGAUCAGAGGCGUUGCUGCUUCUGCCACCAGUUUGGAGACGGAAACACAGACGGCCCUGCGAGAUUGCUUAAUCUGGACCUGGACGUCUGGGUGCACCUCAACUGCGCCCUGUGGUCCACUGAAGUUUAUGAGACCCAAGCAGGCGCCCUCAUCAACGUGGAGCUUGCGCUACGCCGCGGCCAGACCGUUCGGUGUGUAUAUUGUCAGCGCACUGGAGCCACCAGCGGCUGCCACCGCCUGCGCUGUACCAACGUCUACCAUUUCACCUGCGCUCUCCAAGCGCACUGCACCUUCUUCAAGGACAAGACCAUGCUGUGUCAUGCCCACCGGCCACGCGGCACAGCUGGACUCGCACUAGAACAUGAGCUGCGCUGCUUUGCAGUGUUCAGACGCGUUUAUGUGCAAAGGGAUGAGGUGCGCCAGAUUGCCACCGCGGUGCAGCAGCCAGAGCUCGGCUACACUUUCCGAGUGGGCAGCCUGGUGCUGCACGCAGUAGGCCAGCUGACACCAGAGCAAAUGGCCACUUUCCAUUCCCCAACGGCCAUUUUCCCAGUUGGCUACGAGGCGUGCCGUAUAUACUGGAGCAUGCGGCACGGGAACCGCCGUUGCCGCUACCUGUGUUCUGUGGAAGAGAAGGAGGGCCAGCCGGAUUUCACCAUCAGGGUUAUCGAACAGGGCUACCAAGACCUGGUGCUGACGGACAGCUCAGCCAAAGGAGUGUGGGAUCAGGUUCUGGGUCCGGUUGCUGAAAGAAGAACUGAAUCAGGGACUCUGAAGCUGUUUCCCAUCUAUCUGAAGGGCGAGGACUUGUUUGGACUCACAGUCCCCGCCGUCACCAAGAUCGCUGAAUCGCUCCCAGGGGUGGAGGCCUGUGACAGGUACUCGUUCCGCUACCGGCGCAACGUCCUCUUGCAGUUACCGCUCAUAUUCAACCCGGCCGGCAUGGCCCGGGCCCUGCCCAAGACCGAGUCUCACAGAACGUUGCUGGUCAUCAGGCCUCAAGCUCAGGCUGUGGUCGGUGGCACUGCAAGAUCAAACCAGAAUGUAGCCCAGGGUGAAGGUGCCGCCCCCCACAACAAGACGCCGGUGGUUCACCCUCGGUCUUCUCAGUACCGUUGGAUGAAGAGCGAGUGGAGGGCCAAUGUUUAUCUGGGCCGCUCUCGCAUCCAAGGUCUGGGGCUGUUUGCUGCUAGAGACAUCGAAAAACAAACCAUGGUGAUUGAAUACACUGGAACCAUCCUGCGAAACGAGGUUGCCAUUAGAAAGGAGAAAGUCUACAGGUCUCAGAACCGGGCUGUGUUCAUGUUCCGGAUCGACAGCGAACACGUCGUUGAUGCAACUUUGACCGGAGGCCUGGCGAGGUACAUCAAUCACUCGUGCGAUCCCAACUGUGUGGCCGAGGUGGUGACCUUUGAACGAGGCUACAAGAUCAUCAUCAGCUGCGUACGUCGGGUUGAAAAAGGAGAAGAGCUGUGCUUCGACCACCAGUUUGACCCUGUGGAGGGUCAGCAGAAGAUCGCCUGCCACUGUGGAGCUCCUGAAUGCAGGAAGUGGAUUAACUGAGCAAACGGAGUCACGACUAAUGCAUUCCUUAGAGGUUGUGGCCGCCGUGCAACUCUACACAGAGAGUGAAGGCGCCACGCUUAAGUCAUUUUCUGAUCGAGCAGAAGGCCUGAACCCUCGGUGAGACGUGGUGGCUCACAAAGAUGGCAGAGAAGAAGUGGGUAAAAGAGGAGUCAUGUGACCUGGUAGCACGAUGUGACUUGUGCCAUAUGUGAGAGUUGUGUGUGUGCGUGUGUGUGAUGAAAGUCCAGGGUGUGUGGGGGGGGUGCGGUUCCACCAGCGAAUGAGAAAGCACUGUGCGGGGUGCGGCCUUACUGCUCAACAAGGGCAGGCCCUUUCGUCGUCAUACUUUUACUGUAGACUGUAUGACUCAAUGUAGACAUCACUGAAUGAGGAAUGUACAGCAACAAAAACAUGAAGGGAAUAUUAACUUGCACUAAAAAACAAAAAAAAACAAAAGAAAAAAAAAAACAACAAAAAAAACAGACACACAAACUUUUACGAUACUUGAUUCCAUGAGUCAGUUUUAUCCUAGGUCUCUGUCACGUGAUUUGUGUGGAAUUUGAGAGGUUUUGUAUUUAUUACUGAGUGAAUGAAUUUUAUUCUCAAAAUGAUGAGUUGAAGAAGGCUAGAUGUUUUUGAAGAUUGAAGACGACUUGCUGUUACUUUUGUAAAAUAUGUACAUAAAGAAAACUAUAGGAAUAACCGACCAAAUACUACCUUAACCUUCUCGAUGUUGGGUGUUUUUUCAAUUGUUUCUGUUCUGUUUGUCAUCGAAAUUUAUUUAAGAUGGACGUUAUUUCUGUUUGAGAGUAUAUAUUAUGAUUAUUCUGUACAGAAUUUGUAAUAUAACCACGAUAAUUCACAAAGUAUUUUUGUUGUAAAAGUAAGGUAUUGUAGCGUAGUGUUUUGUGACUCACACAUGCUUUGACCACUCUGAAAAACAUAUUUUUAUCGACUAAUGUAACGGGAAAAUGAUUUUAAAAAGCCUCUGAAUAGUGAGAGAUCGUUCUGAUCUGUUUGCUCUUAAUCAGGUUUGAUUUUGAAGAACUGUGAAUUAGGUUUUGAAACCCAAAAAAAAAACGACGACUUUUUAACUUUUUAACACAGAUAGGAACACGGAAAUAUAUUUACUUGUUUUUACGUUGCUUUCGAAAUAAGGUGUCUAACGUUGGCGAGAGUGCGUGCGUGCGUCUGUGUGUGCGUGCGUGUGUGACAGAAAGAAUCGUACGAGGAACUCCGGCGAAAUGCGUGGGUUCCACUUUUUUUGGACAGAAAUGGAUUCCUCUUUAAUCAGAAAUAUUUCUUAUACUGACACUUCACAAGUCACAUGCUUAGAGACAGAGUUUUUGCGUGCACAAUUUCAAGUCGACUGUAAAAUUUUGGAGACAGUCCUAGAACUUGUAAUGUAUAUGGCAUGUAUUUUUUUAACUUUCCGAAGACUCAAUUGUAUAUAUUUUCUCAAUGAAUGGUUGUAACAAAAUUGUUUCUUGGAUAUUUUUCUCCUCUUGUAUGAUAUGACAUUAUCCUGCCAGUGUGUUUGUGCAACAACUUCUUGGUCGUGUAAAGUAGGGUUUUUAUUUUCCUUUCUCUCCUUUUAUUUUUGAAAAUGCCUUUGAAGUGUACAGAGUAUGAGAUUUGGAGUUUGUGGAUUUGAAUUUAGAAACAUUUACAAGAAUAAACUAUUUUACAUGUUA